AUGGCUGCAAAAAAUGGAAUCACCGACCGGACGCCUCGGACGCUGGGUGUUCGAGCUCCAGCAGUACGAUUUCGACGUACGAUACCGCCGCGGGGUGUUAAACCGGGUCGCAGACGCAUUGUCGCGUCACCCGGCUACCUGCGCCGCCAGACGCCAGGAAUGCUCCUGCCUGGACUUCAAGGACAGCCACCCGGACGAGCAGUGGAAACGUUGCAUACCCAAGGAGGACCGGAGGAAGAUAUUACAGCAAUACCACGACGCCCCCAUCGCCGGGCACUUGGGCAUCGCGAAAACCAUCGCCCGGAUUGCCAAGAGAUAUUACUGGCCGGGGAUGUUGCGCGAGAUUGCCGGUUACGUACGAGCCUGCCAGAACUGCCAGGUCCACAAGGUCGCUCAGCAACGACCGGCCGGGGCACUGCACUCUACGUACGUCGGCCGACCCUGGGAACAAGUGACGCUGGAUCUCGUCGGUCCGUUGCCACGUUCGCACCAAGGACAUACGUGGCUUUUCGUCCUCCAAGACCGUUCACGAAAUGGGUAGAGCUUGUGCCGUUGCGCCGAGCUACCGCCGCCGCCGUCACCAAGGCACUGACCGAGCGCAUUCUCCUGCGACACGGCCGACCCGAAUCCGGGUUGCUAUCGGACAACGGGACACAGUUGAGAUCCAUCCAGUUGGAGGAGCGCCUACGAGCAUGGGAUAUCCGGCAUAUCACCGUACCGGCUUACUCGCCUCAUUGCAAUCCGGUCGAGAGAACGAACCGCACCGUCAAGACGAUGAUCACCCAGUACAUCGACAAAGAUCAUCGAGCCUGGGACGAACACAUACCGGCCUUGCAAUUCGCCUACAACACGGCACUCCACGACGCGACCAGAUACACGCCGGCUUUCCUAAAUUACGGGCGCGAAAUGCAAGCCCCGGAAGACACCGAUCCGCAGACCACAGUACCGGACGCGCCUGACGUCAUCCGGAACAAGCUCACCGAGGCAUACGAAGUGAUGAAGCUCCAUUUGGCGCAAGCCUUCCAGCGCCAGAAACGCCAUUACGACCUCCGGCGUCGGCCUUGGAAACCGAACGUCGGUGAAUGGAUGUGA